UAUAUUUAUCUGUUUCAGAUAAUCAUAAUCGAGUUUCACAUCUAGGAAAAUUCUAAAUAUACGAUUUGUUUCUCUUGGUUCUCUGUCUCGGAAUAUAUUGUAUUACUGACAUUACCUAGUUUCUGAAUGGGAAAGACGGUGAAUAUGCGUUCUCUUCACACAAGAUUCGUAUGAGCUUCAAUAUACUGAGCGAAGUUGGACUUCAAUUUGACUGUGAUUAUUGAUCAAAAUCAUUAAAUAAAUAGACACUUCGCGCUGAUACGUUGGCAAGAUAAAUUCUAAAUAAACAUGAUAUCGCCAAUAGAUGAACCUUUAUUCUCUGAUAUUGCACUUCGUAUGUUAAUGAAUACCGUUUCGCAUCCCAUCGAAUACGCUAAAGUUUUAAUACAGAUCGGAUAUGAACCGAUUCCACCACGACCUACAACUACUUUAUUUGGACAACCGGCUUUAGCUUUACCUAACGUUUUUCAGUACGUUAGAUACAUAAGGAAUGUAGAUGGAUUCACUGGCUGCUACCGUGGUCUUAUUCCAAAAUUAUGUGCCUACACUGUGAGUGCUGUAGCUUUUGAAAAAGCUUCUAAAUGCAUUAAAUUUAAUGAUGAACCGAGUAAAGAAAUUUAUGAUUGCGAUUUAGAAGAAAGUCAGAAUCAUAAAAAAUGUAUAUAUGAAUUCAUACGAGACCUAAUUAGUAGAAUGAUUGGAAUUAUAGUUAGCCAUCCAUUAGAUGUUAUUGCGUUAAGGAUGAUGGCACAAUUUGUUGGUGGAGAAACAAAAUACAACGGAUUGUUUAGAUCAUUUGUAGAAGUAUACAAAGAGAAUGGAAUCAUGGGAUACUAUGCAGGAUUAUUACCUCGGCUCAUUGGAAAUGCUGCUGUAUUAAUGCUAGUCAGUUCAUCUACUUAUGUUAUUGAUAAAUACAUUAUAAGUGAUAGAGAAUUGAAACCAUAUGCAGUUUCUGUCAUAAGGUUUAUAGUAACAACAAUUACAUAUCCAUUUUUAGUGGUAUCACACUGUAUGGCAGUUAAUAAUUGUGGAUUAAUUGCUGGUCUUCCUCCACAAAUGCCAAUUUACAAUAGCUGGUUAGAUUGCUGGUCUCACCUUUCAGCUACCAACCAAUUAAAAAGAGGAAACAGUCUCUUAUGGCGUUAUUAUAUGGGGCCACAAGUGAUAAUUAAUGGAAAGCCAAUACCCAUUAACAAAUACAAUUUCCACUUGCAAAGUACAACAUAGUAAUAAGACAUUGCAUUUAUUUGUAUUUGAAAUACUAAUAGUAAAAUCACUUCUGUGCUAUAUACUUUUUUUUUUAAAUUUGCUAUUACAGUACAUUGUUACAUUUAUAUAUUCCUUUAAAUCAAUCCUACUUGUUAUUACACCAAAUAUUGAUUAAACAUAUUUUUCUUUGGUAUAUAUAUUUUAUCAAAAAAUAUAAUUCAUAUUGAAAACUGAA